CACCUGUGCGGCUCCUCCAGAGGGACCGAGGGCUGGAUGAGGCUCGCCCGUGUCUGCAUCUGCAUCUCCGCGGAGCUUCUUUUUCUUCUCCUCAUCAUGGAAUAACCGCGUCUCCAUUAUGGCUUUUAUGCAGCUGUUUGUGGGAUUAUUGUGCGGGGCAGCAGUGUCUGCAUUCGGAGUGGAUCCGGCUGUUCGGAUCGGAGUGUUUCAGGAGUUCAGUCCUGGAGAAGGAUUUUCUGGGGUCACACAGGUCAAAGGUUUCCUAGACGACACCAGAGCCUUCCUGUUUCAAGGCUCGUCCCGCAGUGUGAGGGUCCCUGACGCUGCCGCAGGACACAUGCUGCAGAAACUCAGAGGAAAGACAGAGUUUACCAUCGCCCUCACACUCAAACAGGACAAACUCAACUCUGGAGUCAUCCUGUCCAUCCAUCACGGAGAACACAGGCUGCUGGAGCUGGAGAGCAGUGGGCAGAAGAGUGAGGUGCGUCUCCACUUCCGGACGGGUCUCCAGCAGACACACACUGAGAUUUUCCCCUUCACGCUGGCAGACGAGCAGUGGCACAGAGUCUCCGUCUCCAUCAGUGCAGCCCAUCUCACACUCUAUGUGGACUGCAACAGAAUCUACGAGCGAGUUGUACCUGUUCCUCUGAUGGAGAUCCCGGAAGACGCCUCGUUCUGGGUCGGGCAGAGAAACAGCGCUCACGGCUUAUUCAAGGGAGUCAUGCAGGACCUUCAGAUCCUCGUAAUGCCGCAGGGAUUCAUCACACAGUGUCCUGAUCUGAACCGCACUUGUCCAACAUGCAAUGAUUUCCAUGGACUGGUGCAGAAGAUCAUGGAGCUGCAGGAUAUUCUGGCCAAGACCUCCAGCAAGCUUUCUCUGGCCGAGGAGAAGAUGUCUGGUCUGGACUCGUGUUACUGUGAGCGAACGUGUCGAGUGAAGGAUCAGACCUACAGAGAGGAGCAGAGCUGGACCGACGGCUGCAAGAACUGCACAUGCUCAAAUGGAACGGUCCGCUGUGAGAAGAUCCUGUGUCCCCUGCUGGACUGUCCUGAUGGUACGACCCCUACGUAUGUGACGGGAACCUGCUGUAAAGAGUGUCAGCCGAUGUGCUUGUUCUCGGAGCAGACGCUGGUGGAGGGACAGCGGUGUGCCGUUCAUCAUCCCUCUGGACUCUGCCAGCUCUUCCAGUGCAGGGAUCGCACUAUGCACCGUGUGCCGGGCGCUGAGGACUGUCCUGCGCUCUCCUGUGCUGAAUCUGACCAGAUCACACUGACAGACAGAUGCUGUAGAGUCUGCAGAGGUCAUGACUUCUGUGCGGAGGAGAACAUCUGCUCAGAGAACUCAGACUGUGUGAAUCUGGAUGCUGGAGCCGGCUGCGGCUGCAAGAACGGCUUCAGACCGCUGCGUCUCGACAGUGCAUACUGCGAAGAUAUUGACGAGUGUGCGGAGGGAAGACACUACUGUCGAGAAAACACAGAGUGUGUGAACACAGCCGGUUCCUUCAUGUGUGUGUGUCACACCGGUUUCAUUCGCAUCGAUGACUACUCCUGCACAGAGCAUGACGAGUGUGCGUCCGGACAGCACGACUGUGAUGAAAACGCUCUGUGCUUCAACACUGUUGGCGGCCACAGCUGCUCCUGCAAACCUGGAUACAGCGGCAAUGGCACCAUCUGCAGAGCGCUGUGUGACGGCCGCUGUCUGAACGGUGGCUCCUGUGCAUCCCCUAACGUGUGCGUGUGUCCUCAGGGCUUCAGCGGGCAGAACUGCGAGACGGAUAUCGACGAGUGCUCUGAGGGUCUGGUUCAGUGUGCGGCUCACGCCACCUGUGUCAACUUACCUGGCUGGUAUCACUGCGAGUGUCGGGACGGUUACCAUGACAACGAGGUCUUCAGUGCAAACGGAGAGUCCUGCAGAGACAUCGAUGAGUGCCGUACGGGCCGCAGCACCUGUGCGAACGACACCGUGUGUUUCAAUCUGGACGGCGGGUUCGACUGCCGCUGCCCUCAUGGACACAACUGCAGCGGAGACUGCAUACACAACAGCAGAGUCCGACACAACGCACAGAUCUGGGUGCUGGACACUGACCACUGCUCCGUCUGCUCCUGCCAGGAGGGUCAGGUGAAGUGCAGACGGAUGGUGUGUGACUGUGAGAACCCGACGGUGGAUGUGUUGUGCUGUCCGGAGUGUGACCCGCGCCUCACCUCUCAGUGUAUGCAUCAGAACGGCCUGCUCACCUACAGCAGCGGAGACACCUGGAUUGACAGCUGCCAGCGCUGCCAGUGUCUGCAAGGUGAGGUGGACUGCUGGCCUCUGUCCUGCCCGCCGGUGGACUGUGACUUCACGCUGGUGCCCGAGGGCGAGUGCUGCCCACGCUGCGUCUCGGACCCGUGCCAAGCUCAUGCUGUCCGCAGCGACAUCAGCAAAACCUGCACAGACGAACACGGCAUCACACGCUUCAGCGGCUCCGCAUGGGUCAAACACGGCACACACUGCACACUGUGCCAGUGCAAGAAUGGACACGUGUGUUGCUCAGUGGACCCCAUGUGUCUUUAGUGUCUGCCGAGCACCUGUACAGCGUCACACACACUCGUCCACAUCCCUCAAUAAUGCCAAAAAACACACACAUCUGUAAAAUACCAGAGCGACGGCCGUUUCUGCACAACCGGGACUGAGAACACACCGCCGGCAUGAACACACUGGAUGUUGAAGAAAACACACACAUUUUUAUCCAUCGCAGGAUGUAGAAACUUUAGCUCGUAAGUAAAUCUAAUCGUAUUUCUCUUUGGCCUGGAAGACGACGGCGUUUCCUGUUUCCACGGCAACUGUUUAUUUUCAGUUUGUUUGAGAUUAGCUGUCUGUUUUUUCUGUCUAGAUUUUCAAUUAUUCUAUGGCUUGUUCUUGUCUUAUGGUGAAUAAAAUCUCUCCAUUUCCAUUUA